AUGAAGAGUGAGAUGAAGUCGCUUGAAGAACACAGCACAUGGAAGCUAGUGGACAUGCCACCGGGCAAGAAGGCCGUUGGCUGCAAGUGGGUCUUCAAGAUUAAACGCGAUCCAAGUGGCGAGAUCAUUAAGUUCAAGGCACGCUUGGUUGCGAAAGGGUUCACGCAGCGUCCUGGCAUCGACUAUAACGAGACCUUCGCACCAGUGGCGCGCAAGGAAUCUAUCAACACAGUGUUGGCGAUCGCUGCAGCUGAAGACCUGGAAGCAGAAAACGUUGAUGUCGACACAGCGUUUCUCUACGGUGAAGUGGAAGAGGAGAUCUACAUGGACCAACCUGACGGUUUUGAAGAUGAAGGAAGCCCGAAUAAGAAGUGUUUGCUGCAGAAGGCGCUAUACGGGACGAAGCGAGCGGCGCGGCAGUGGAACAACAAGUUGAGUCAGCACUUGGUUGAUCAAGGAUUCAAGAGCAGUACAGCGGACCCGUGUGUGUUCGUUCGAGUGACAAGAGAGGAGUACAGCAUCAUCGUGAUCUACGUGGACGACUUGAUGAUUUUCUGCAAGACGAAAGAGCACAUCGCAAGUAUCAAGAACUCAUUGAUGGAAGAUUUCAGCAUUAAAGAUCUUGGAGAUCUCAAGUACUGCCUCGGGAUCGAGAUUCAUCGCAAGCGCGAAGAUGGAACGAUCAAGAUGAACCAGAAGGCGUACAUCAAGCGACUGUCGGAGAACUUCGGCGUUGAGAACUGCAAGGACGUGCACACGCCAGCGGACAGUAACUCGAAGCUGAUCAAGAUGGGUCAAGAGGAAGCGUUUGUACCAAAGUACCCAUACCGUGAGCUGGUGGGCGCUUUAAUGUACAUCGCCACAUGUACACGACCGGACAUUGCGCAUGCGGUUGGCGAAGUUGCGAAGUUUUGCGAGCGCUACGACAAGUCGCAUUGGACAGCAGCAAAGCGGAUUCUCAAGUAUCUCAAGACGACUCAAGACUUAAGCAUCGUGUUUAGCGGCAUCAACAAGGGAGAGCUGAUUGGAUUUGCGGAUGCAAACUGGGCUGGCGACCUCGACACGCGGCGUUCGACAACAGGAUACGUUUUCUUCCUGAACGGAAGCGUGAUAUCGUGGAAUUCGAAGCGUCAACCAACGGUCGCGACCUCAAGUACGGAAGCAGAGUACAUGAGUCUCUACAGCGCGACACAGGAAGCAAUUUGGCUUCGAGGUCUGCUUAAGGACCUGAACUACUGUGCCAAGAACGCGACGACGAUUUUUCAAGACAAUCAAGGUUGCAUCGCGCUGGCCAAGAAUCCUGUGUACCACUCGCGCACGAAGCACAUCGACAUCAAGUUUCACUUUUUGCGAGAAAAGGUUGCAAGUGCAGUGAUCGCGCUAGAGUUCAAGCCGACAGAAGAAAUGGUCGCGGAUGGAUUCACCAAGGCUCUUCCAAGAGACAAGCACAGCAAGUUCAUCACGGGUCUGUGCAUGGCGGUGUAG